AUGGGUAAGAAGCCACAUCGAAGCCAGAAGGUAAAGCGUCCACUCGUUCAGCCAAGACCUGCGACGCUGGGUCAGCGUGUGCGUGAACUUGGGCAGGACAUUCACGGGGUGGAUGAUUCGGGGAGGGAGUACAGCAGCCUAUCGGAACUCUGGCUUUUACAAGGACAGCAGCGCGACAAGUUCUACAAAGUAAACGAGAAUUGGUGGGUCAAAGGCUACGAAGGACGCGUGUCUCUUGAAGGUACGAUGAUAGGUGAUGAGGCAAGCCAAGAGGACGUGCAGCACUCACAAGAUUUUCUUCGAAAGGCCGUAGAGGGCAUGCUCGAUGAUCCUUGCUCGGCGUUGGACUGCGGUGCUGGCAUUGGGAGGGUGACGAAGGCAGUGCUUCUACCUGCAGUGACAGGCUCCGUGACUUUAGUUGAUCAGUCGGAGAGAUGGCUGCAGACUGCGAAGAAGUACUUGGAACGCGAGGCAGAUCGAUGCCACUUCAUCCAGUGUCGACUUGAAACAUACCAGCCGUCCAGCAGCUUUGACAUAAUUUGGGUACAGUGGACCUUGCAGUAUCUGACCGACGAAGAUGUUGUUCACCUUCUGCACAACCUGUCAGCUGGAUUGACAUCCCAAGGAGUCAUAGUUCUAAAGGAGAACAAUAUGUCGCAAGACUCGCUUUCGUUCCACAUGGACACUCCAGGAAAAGAGGGCCGGUUUGAUAUGACACGAUCACCCAAGCAUUUGCAUGUACUUGUUGAGCUGGCAGGAUUACGGGUAACUCACAUGGAACUCUGGGAUGAGUGCAGCUGUUGGGUGCUUCGGUGCUUGUCGGAAGAGGUGCCCGAGCUUGCCCCGGAUGGCCCAGACCAAGGACAGUAA